AUGGCGGCUGGGAUCGCUGUGAAUUCCCUGGGGCAUGGCGAUCUGCUGUGGCUGAAAGCCGUCUUGGAGCAGGCUACCACGCUCGCGCAUGUGAGACUCGCAGAGGGAUUGGUCCAAUCCUGCUUUGCAGAUCGCGUCUUCUUCUCCAACUCUGGCCCCGAGGCCAACGAGGCCGCAAUCAAGUUUGCGAGAAAGUACCAGAGGGUGAAAGCCAAAGAGAAGAGCGACAAGCAGGCAUUUCCUCCUCAUCUGGUGGAAGAUCCCAUCCCCACGGACUUCGAGGCCUUCUCCAAUAGCUUCCACGGGAGAACUCUGGACAAGUACUGGGCUCCGUUCGAACUUCGUUCGCCCGGGGUCAAGUUUGUGGAGUUCGGUAACUUGGAAGCCGCCAAGAAGGUCGUCCAGCAGCAAAGAAGUGUUUGUAUCUAG